AUGGGUCGUGUUAAAUUAGAGAUUAAAAAAAUAGAAAACAAUACAAAUCGACAAGUUACAUUUUCAAAACGCAGAAAUGGACUCAUCAAGAAAGCUUACGAACUUUCAAUUCUUUGUGAUAUUGAUAUUGCGCUCAUUAUGUUCUCUCCUUCUGGCCGCCUUAGCCAUUUCUCUGGAAAAAAAAGGAUUGAAGAUGUGUUUGCUCGAUAUGUUAAUCUCCCAGACCAAGAAAGAGAACAUGCUACGUAUCCUGAACAUAGCAGACAUCCUGAUUUUCAAAACAAAGAGUAUUUGCUAAGGACACUACAACAACUUAAGAGCGAAAACGACAUUGCUCUUCAACUUGCCAAUCCCUCAGCUAUCAACUCUGAUGUUGAGGAACUCCAACAUGAAGUUGCCAGUUUACAACAACAACUCCAGAUUGCAGAAGAACAGAUGAGGUUAUAUGAGCCCGACCCACUAAAAAUCUCGUCUAUGGGAGAGCUAGAAUCGUGUGAGAAAAACCUCGUUGACACUUUACAAAGUGUUAUGCAGAGAAAGGAAUAUUUAUUGAGCAACCAAAUUGCUUAUGAUCCGUCUAGUAUGCAGCAAGGGAUGACAACCUCGUUCGAGAAUGAGGUUAUUGGUUGGAUGCCUGAUGGUGGUCAAAACCAUACACAAAUCUUCGAUGCUUCUGCCAGUUUGAAUAAUCUUAGAGAUCUAUCGUCAACAAUGUAUGAUCCAUUGUUGCAAGGAAGUAGCUCAAAUGGAGAGGCACACAGCAUGGCAGAGUGCCACGUCACAAACCCUAAUGACCACAACUUCUCUACAUGGCCUCAGCCGUAUUCCUCAACUGCCCUCCAUUCUAGUGUGGAAUUUCAGCAUGGGAUGGUGGGCCCAAACAUUACAGAGAUGAUGCCACGUGAGCAGAUGGAGAUUCCAAUGAGUGGGCCUCACUCACAUCUGGAGAAUGAAGCAGCAAAUUACGACAACCAAAUCCCUCAACUUAAUGGGCAAUAA